AUGGCAGCCACUCCGCUCCUCGAGACUGUUCCAGGGCUCCGAUAUGAGGAGAUGACUGGAGACGAACUGGCGCAGCAAGUCGCAGACUUGAUGGGAAUGCCGGUUGAAGAAGUGAAGGAGAAUGGAGUGCAAUCCUCACUGGUUGCACUGCGCUUGGCUGGCAAAGUGCCUGAGGAUCUCGAGGAUUUGAUCCGAUUGGCGACUGGCGACUCUUUUGUUCGCCCGACUGCCUUCACCCGAGUGAUCCCCGAUCCGACUGCAGGCCGAGUGUUGUACGUGGAUGUCCCACUGGAGGACCUGACUGGCCCCCAGCUCAUUGACUCUGCAAUGGGAAUCAGGCCUGGGUCGAAUGGGCCGACUGUUGCCACUGCCUCGGCUUCGGCAGCUGCACCUGCCGCGAAUGCUGGGAGACCGGAAGAUCCCUCGAUUGAGACGACUCACCUGAUGUGUGAGAAGGUGCAAUCGCACCGAUUGUCGAGGAAUGGCACUGUGAACAACGAAGUGUAUCAGGCCUUGGACUUGAUGGACUGUGGCGUCGAAUUGAAGAGCAUCUGGCGACGACUGGAUGACUACGUCACUAUCGACUGCCAGGACGAGCUUGAUAAGACUGAGAAUAUGGCGACCAUGAUGGCCAAUCGAAUGAUGAAUGCACAGAUCAGACUGGCCGUGGCUGUGUACAAGAGAGAAUGGAGCGAAGAGUGCCCCAUCCUUUCCCUCCUCCUGCCUGGAACGAGAAGUGGAGGACUGACAACUGUUUCUAACAAUGUGAACGAGUGCAUGAUGGAGACUGGCUGGUGGGCUAUGACCAAGGCUGAGAGAAUGUUUCUCACUAAAGGAAAGUGGGAGACCAAAUGGCGCUUUGACCAGAAUGCCAGGGAGAAUGAGGUCGACGAUUUGGUCCAUGUCUAUGACUGGAUCCUACUGCCGACGAGCAUUGGCGAGCGCUACUACGAGACUGGCGAGAUUGACCUCAGCCGCUUCCCGUGCCACCAGUUGAAUGGCAGCUUUUGCACGCUGACUGCAAUGCGCAAGACUGUGCAAUGGUUCUGCCAAGGAGUGUUCGAUGAGAAUGCCCCUUACGAGCGACUGGUGUUCAUUGCGCUGGAGAAGCCACCCGCGAAUGGACUGGAGUCACAACUGGACUGGACCGGAAUGCCACCAUCCCCCACGAUCGAAUGGCGGCUGAUGGGACACACAAUGGUCCCGACUGCCCAAGCCUACGGUUCCGGAUUGGAGCAUGAUUGCUCUACCUGGGAUGAAAUGUAUGGCGAGGAUGAUGGCGAGGACCCGAAUGCCUGGAAUGUCCCGACCUCAUCGACUGCGGCAUCCAAGACGAAUGCGGGAAUGACCUCGCAUGGAUCAGCACCCGCGACUGUCCUCUCGCAGGUCGCGAAUGCACUGGUUCCUGGUGCAGAAGUGGUUCUUCGCAUGAAUGGGAAUGCCAAGAACCCGGUCAUGAAUGUCAAGUCCAGCAAGAAGUGA